AUGUCAUAUUUGCCGACUUAUUCCAACGACUUGCCAGCAGGCCCGCAAGGCCAGAGGAGGCGUAAUAAUGGUAAUGAAAACGAUGCAAGACAAGGCUACGGUCAGCAAUCUGUGCCGAUGGUAAUCAGGAGGCUUUUCAAAACGCCAAAGAAUUUAGAUCUCGAGACAGCCAGCUGGGAAAUGUUCCAUUUGAUUUUCCAUCCAAGAAAAGCUUAUAGAUCAAUAUAUUAUCAGCGACAGACGAAAAAUCAGUGGGCGAGAGAUGAUCCUUCCUUUUUCAUCUUCCAAAUAGCCUUAAUUUCACUCAGUUCUAUUAUUUGGUCGAUUUAUAAUUCAGGUUUCAACAACGACAGUGAUAUGGGGGCCUUGAGCAUUAUAGGUCAUUUUUUCAAAAGUUUGGUAAUGAUGGUGAUUUUAGAUUUUUUCAUAUUUGGAUUUAUUAUGGCAACUAUUUUUUACCUUUUGUUGAAUAGGUCACAUUUUAAAUUCAAAUCGAGCCAAAAUAGUGUGGUAGAGUGGGCUUAUUGUUUCGACGUUCAUUGUAAUUCAUUUUUAAUCAUCCUACUGUGCCUAUACUUCAUUCAGUUUUUACUACUGCCCAUAAUUAAUUUACAAAACUGGAUUUCCUUACUCAUUGGUAAUUCGUUAUAUUGUUUUGCUAUUGGCCAUUACUUUAUUUUAACCUUUUAUGGAUACAACCAGUUGCCAUUCUUGAAAAAUUUGAACUUUAUACUUUUACCAACAUUAGGAUUAUCGAUAAUCUAUUUAAUCAGUUUAUUUGGCAUCGACUUAUCCAAGAAAUUAAGCUUUUACAAUUAUUAA